CCGGUUCACUGUGACCUUUCUCUAGUCUGCAGCUCCUGUCCGCCAUCCUUCUCUCUCCGGGAGCUCAGACCCGCAGGACAACAUGCUGACUGUUCGCGUCGCCGCGGCUCUGGCCCGCACUCUGCCAAGAAGGGCAGGAUUUGUUUCCAAGAAUGUUGCUGCAGCAUGUGUAGGAGUGAAGAAUCUCCACACCGGCCGCCCAUGGCUGCAGAAGACAGGCACCGCCGAGGUGUCGUCCAUCCUGGAGGAGAAGAUCCUGGGAGCCGACACCAGCGCCGACCUGGAGGAGACCGGUCGCGUUCUGUCCAUCGGUGACGGUAUCGCCAGAGUGUACGGUCUGAGGAACGUGCAGGCGGAGGAGAUGGUGGAGUUCUCUUCCGGUCUGAAGGGCAUGUCUCUGAACUUGGAGCCGGACAACGUUGGUGUUGUGGUGUUCGGUAACGACAAGCUGAUCAAGGAGGGCGACAUCGUGAAGAGGACCGGAGCCAUUGUAGACGUUCCCGUUGGAGAGGAGCUGCUGGGGCGUGUCGUCGACGCUCUGGGAAACGCUAUUGAUGGAAAGGGCCCCCUCGGCUCUAGCAUCCGUAGGCGUGUGGGUCUGAAGGCCCCGGGCAUCAUCCCCCGUAUCUCCGUGAGGGAGCCCAUGCAGACCGGCAUCAAGGCCGUGGACAGUCUGGUCCCCAUCGGCCGAGGACAGCGAGAGCUGAUCAUCGGAGACAGGCAGACCGGCAAAACCGCCAUCGCUGUGGACACGAUCAUCAACCAGAAGCGCUUCAACGAGGGCACCGACGAGAAGAAGAAGCUGUACUGCAUCUAUGUCGCCAUCGGCCAGAAGAGAUCCACCGUGGCUCAGCUGGUGAAGCGGCUGACGGAUGCCGACGCCAUGAAGUACACCAUCGUGGUGUCGGCCACCGCCUCGGACGCCGCCCCGCUGCAGUACCUCGCCCCGUACUCCGGCUGCUCCAUGGGAGAGUACUUCAGAGACAACGGCAAGCACGCGCUCAUCAUCUACGACGAUCUGUCCAAGCAGGCCGUCGCCUACCGCCAGAUGUCCCUGCUGCUGCGCCGCCCCCCCGGUCGCGAGGCUUACCCGGGAGACGUCUUCUACCUGCAUUCCCGUCUGCUGGAGAGAGCCGCCAAGAUGAACGACAACUUCGGCGGCGGCUCCCUCACGGCGCUGCCCGUCAUCGAGACCCAGGCCGGUGACGUGUCCGCCUACAUUCCCACCAAUGUCAUCUCCAUCACUGACGGACAGAUCUUCUUGGAGACCGAGCUGUUCUACAAAGGUAUCCGUCCGGCCAUCAACGUCGGUCUGAGCGUGUCACGUGUCGGAUCGGCUGCCCAGACCAAGGCCAUGAAGCAGGUGGCCGGUACCAUGAAGCUGGAGCUGGCUCAGUACCGUGAGGUCGCUGCCUUCGCUCAGUUCGGAUCUGAUCUGGACGCUGCCACCCAGCAGCUGCUGAACCGAGGGGUCCGUCUCACUGAGCUCCUGAAGCAGGGACAGUACUCUCCCAUGGCUAUUGAGGAGCAGGUAACGGUCAUCUACGCUGGUGUGAGGGGAUACCUGGACAAGAUGGAGCCCAGCAAGAUCACCAGGUUUGAGAAAGCCUUCCUGCAGCACAUCCUGAGCCAGCAGCAGGAGCUGCUGUCCGCCAUCAAGGCUGACGGUCAGAUCUCCGAGGCGUCCGAUACUAAACUCAAGCAAGUCGUGUUGAAUUUCCUCUCCAGCUUUGAGUAAAGCGUCUCAGCUCCGGUUGUUUUCAUGUUCACGUAGUGCAACGUCAGUUUUACUUUCUAUGAACUUCAACAAAGAUAAGUGGCACUUCAUCUUUAAUGUACAGAUAUCUCUUAAAGGAGAAUAAAGUAUUCCAACCAGUCGA